AUGACGACAGGCAGACUUGUGCUAGGCUAUAUUAUAGACAUGGUUAUCGUGAAUUUAGCCUCAGACAUGAAGGAUUUAUGCCUCGUUACAAACUGUAAGAAAUUCAGAAUGACUUUGCUAGACAAAAGAUGCAGCUAUUUGCUGUAUAUGUUUGUCUACACAGUUUUUCCAAUAGUGUUGUCAUCCUUUGUGAACUAUACGCCAGGAUUGGAAUACCUAUACAAUCUCAACUCGGACAUUGAGCUUAAAGGCGUACAGGCUUUUCUCGCGAAGGGACAGAUAGGUUUUGUGAACAUAGCAGAAGGUGAAAACAACCAAGAGUUGUUAUUAAUUGUGUAUGGUUUGACAUUCACCCCUGAAGGUCAUCCAGAGGCAGUAAAUCAUCAUCAUGAUUUUUCGAAAUGGUUUUCGUUUGAAAUAAAUAACAGAGGAGAAAUUGGAAAAGUAUAUCAUCCUGCAGACGAGGACAGGGAAAUUCUCAUGCUUAAGAAAGGGUUUGCUGGCAUGCUCUCUGCCAAACUUCAUCAUCGUCAUGAGGUGGAACACGAAAUAUAUCAACACGAUAGCUGGGGAUACAAAACAGAUGAAUUUGGAAGAGAAGGUCAACACAAUGCUUCUUACGUAGUUCGCAAAACUUCAAAAGGGUGUGAGUACAUUAAAACUAGAAAUUCUACAAAGAUUCAGUCAGUAAAUGGAAAUGGAACUUUUAUAAAGUUGCUAAAUUUUCAUGAAGACUUGAAUACCAUCUAUAGUGUAAUGAUCGAAGAGGAACUAUGCAUUGGCUUUUCUACAAAGGAAGGAUAA